UUGGCAGUUAGUCGAACUCCAGUAGACUACAAAGACAGACAGAAAGAAAGACAGAAAGAAAGAUGAUGAUCAAGUCGUUUGCUCUGUUGGCGCUGCUGGUGGCAGUGGCCAGUGCCGAGCUGCACCGCGUGCCCGUCCUCAAGGAGCAGAACUUUGUGAAGACGCGCGAGAAUGUGCUGGCCGAGAAGGCGUACCUGGCCACCAAGUACCAGCUGCCCCAGGCACGGGAUCUCAACGAGGAGACGCUCUCCAACUCGAUGAACAUGGCCUACUAUGGUGCCAUCAGCAUCGGCACUCCUGCCCAGAGCUUCAAGGUGCUGUUCGAUUCGGGCUCCUCCAAUCUGUGGGUGCCGUCGAACACCUGCCAGAGCGACGCCUGCCUGACCCACAACCAGUACGACUCCAGUGCCAGCAGCACCUAUGUGGCCAAUGGCGAGUCCUUCUCCAUUCAGUACGGCACUGGCAGCCUCACCGGCUACCUCUCCGAGGACACCGUCGACGUGAACGGACUGCAGAUCACCAGCCAGACCUUCGCCGAGUCCACCAACGAGCCCGGCACCAACUUCAACAAUGCCAACUUCGACGGCAUCCUGGGCAUGGCCUACGAGGCUCUGGCCGUCGAUGGUGUGGCUCCUCCCUUCUACAGCAUGGUCUCCGAGGGUCUUGUCGAUCAGUCUGUGUUCUCCUUCUAUCUGGCCCGCGCCGGCACCUCCGCCACCGACGGCGGUGAGCUGAUCUUCGGCGGCUCCGACUCCACCCUGUACUCGGGUGCCCUCACCUAUGUGCCGAUCUCCCAGCAGGGCUACUGGCAGUUCGCCAUGGCCAGCGCCACCUCCGAUGGCAACUCGCUGUGCAGCGAUUGCCAGGCCAUCGCCGACACUGGCACCUCCCUCAUUGUGGCUCCCUAUGAGGCCUAUGAGAUUCUCGUUGAUCUUCUGAGUGUGGACGAGGACGGCUACGUGGCCUGCUCCCUGGUCAGCUCCCUGCCCGAUGUGAUCUUCAACAUUGGCGGCACUGACUUCGCCCUGACCCCCGCCUCCUACAUCAUCCAGUCGGAGGGCAACUGCAUGUCCGCCUUCGAGUACAUGGGCACCGACUUCUGGAUCCUGGGCGAUGUCUUCAUUGGCCAGUACUACACUGAAUUCGAUCUGGGCAACAAUCGCAUUGGCUUUGCCCCAGUCGCCUAAGAAUCGAAUCAAAGCGAAUCAUCGAAUCAAUAAAGCAACAAAUAAUUUGCAAUAUCUCAA